UUCACCGGAGCGACAUCACGCUGCUGCUGCUGCUGCUGGCGGGGCUGGCGCACGUUGCUCGGUGGCUCCUUCCCGUCCAAACAACCGGCAAAGUCUCCCACCAAACUUUCUACUUUGUGUCGUGGCUGAAAAGGCUCGUUUGCAUCUCCGUCUGCGCUUCACGUGGAGAUCCAGGUCCCCCAGUUGAAAGAUGGCAACCUUGGUCCUGGAGGACGGGACAACGUUCAGGGGCCGCCCGAUCGGCAAACACCUGUCCGUCUCGGGGGAAGUGGUCUUCCAGACGGGCAUGGUAGGCUACCCCGAGGCUCUGACUGACCCGUCCUACCACUGUCAGCUGUUGACUCUCACGUACCCUCUGAUUGGCAACUAUGGAGUACCAGAUGAUGCCGUGGGAGAGUUUGGACUCAGGAAGUGGUUCGAGUCAUCAAAGAUUCAUGCUGCUGCUCUGAUUAUUGGAGAACUGUCAGAGGAUCCCAGUCAUUGGAGUUCGGUUAAGUCAUUGGACCAAUGGCUCAAAGAGCAGGACGUGCCUGGAAUACAAGGCAUUGACACUCGUUGUCUGACCAAAAAGAUCCGAGAGAAAGGCACCAUGCUGGGGAAGCUGGUUGUGGACGGGACUCCCGAGGACAGUGUUCCUUUUGACAACCCAGACCAGAGAAACCUGGUCCAGGAGGUCUCUAUGAAGGAGCCGAGAGUGUUCAACCCGAGUGGUAGUUUACGAAUUACUGUAGUAGACUGCGGCAUCAAGUACAACCAGAUCCGCUGCCUGGCCCAGAGAGGAGCGUGUGUUACGGUUGUUCCCUGGGACCAUCCGCUGGACACCGGGGAUUUUGACGGGUUGUUCAUCAGUAAUGGUCCGGGAGAUCCCCAGUUCUGUCAGGCUACCAUCAACAAUGUGAGGAAGGUUGUCAGUGUGGAUCAACCCAAGCCCGUUUUUGGCAUCUGCCUCGGACAUCAGCUGCUCUCUUUGGUCAUUGGAGCAAAGACCUACAAGAUGAAGUACGGUAACCGCGGUCAUAACCAGCCAUGCAUCCAUAAUGGGACCGAUCGCUGUUUCAUCACCAGUCAGAACCACGGCUUCGCUGUGGACCCAGACACGCUCCCUAACGACUGGGACGUGUUGUUUACCAACGCCAAUGACCACACCAAUGAAGGCAUUGUGCACAACACCAAACCCCUGUUCAGUGUUCAGUUUCACCCGGAGCACAUGGCCGGGCCUACGGAUCUGGUCGGCUUGUUUGACGUUUUCCUCCAAACUGUGAAAGACCACAAAGAGGGCGUCACAGCAAAAUCAGUAAAGCAGCGUCUGAUGGAUCACCUCACCUACCCGGAUUGCCCCAAGACUGAGGAGGUUGUCAGACCGAGAAAGGUCCUGAUCCUGGGCUCCGGGGGGCUGUCCAUCGGUCAGGCGGGGGAGUUCGACUACUCCGGCUCACAGGCUAUUAAGGCUCUGAAGGAAGAGAACAUCCAGACCGUGCUGAUCAACCCCAACAUCGCCACCGUGCAGACCUCCAAAGGUCUGGCUGAUAAAGUCUACUUCCUGCCUAUUACGCCAGACUAUGUUACUCAGGUGAUAAAAAACGAGCGCCCGGAUGGCGUUCUGCUCACCUUUGGGGGCCAGACUGCCCUGAAUUGCGGUGUUGAGCUGACAAAGCUGGGCGUGUUGGAGAAGUACAACGUCAAGGUUCUGGGAACGCCGGUUGCCUCCAUUGAGAUGACCGAAGACAGGAAGAUCUUCGUGGAGAAGAUGGAGGAGAUCAACGAGCACGUCGCCCCAAGUGAAGCAGCGCUGUCGGUGGAGCAGGCGGUGGCUGCGGCCGAGCGUCUAGGCUACCCUGUCCUGGUGCGGUCUGCCUUCGCUCUCGGUGGUCUGGGCUCUGGAUUCGCCAACAACGGAGAGGAGAUGACUUCUCUCGUAACGGCAGCCUUCGCCCACACCUCUCAAGUACUCGUGGACAAAUCCCUGAAAGGCUGGAAGGAGAUCGAGUACGAGGUGGUCCGGGAUGCCUACGACAACUGUAUCACUGUGUGCAACAUGGAGAAUAUUGACCCCCUCGGCAUCCAUACGGGGGAAUCAAUUGUGGUGGCACCCAGUCAGACUCUUAAUGACCACGAGUACAACAUGCUGAGGAACACGGCCAUCAAAGUGAUCCGGCACCUCGGCAUUGUGGGAGAGUGUAACAUCCAGUACGCUCUGAACCCUGAAUCUGAUCAGUAUUACAUCAUCGAGGUGAACGCUCGUCUGUCCCGGAGCUCUGCUCUGGCCAGUAAAGCGACAGGUUAUCCUUUGGCCUACGUAGCAGCCAAACUCGGCCUGGGGAUCCCACUGCCUCAACUCAAGAAUUCUGUUACAAACUCAACAACGGCAAACUUUGAGCCCAGUUUGGACUACUGUGUGGUCAAGGUCCCUCGCUGGGAUCUCAGCAAGUUCCUGAGGGUCUCCACCAAGAUUGGCAGUUCCAUGAAGAGUGUUGGGGAGGUGAUGGCCAUUGGCCGCAGCUUUGAAGAGGCUUUUCAGAAGGCUCUGAGGAUGGUGGAUGAGAACUGCGUUGGGUUUGACCACACCAUCAAACCCGUCUCUGACCAAGAGCUGCAGACCCCCACAGACAAGCGCAUCUUCGUGUUGGCAGCGGCGUUCAGAGCUGGGUACACAGUGGACCAGCUGUACGAUCUCACCAAGAUCGAUCGCUGGUUCCUUUCCAAGAUGAAGAACAUAGCGGACCAGGAACGAUUGCUGGAGAUGUACAAGCAAGAUGAGAGUACUAUGCCUCCUGAAGUGAUGCUGAAAGCCAAGCAGCUGGGUUUCUCAGACAAGCAGAUAGCCCAGGCCGUGCAGAGCACUGAACUGGCGGUGCGGAAGCUGCGUCAUGAUUGGUCCAUCCUGCCUGUCGUGAAGCAGAUCGACACAGUAGCAGCUGAAUGGCCAGCCCACACCAACUACCUGUAUCUCACCUACCAUGGCACCGAAAACGACCUGACUUUUAACGAACAGCACGUCAUCGUGAUUGGCUCCGGCGUGUACCGCAUCGGCAGCAGUGUGGAGUUUGAUUGGUGUGCGGUCGGCUGCAUCACACAGCUCAGGAAGAUGGGUUAUAAGACCAUCAUGGUUAACUACAACCCUGAGACAGUCAGCACGGACUACGACAUGUGUGACCGCCUCUACUUUGAUGAAAUCUCAUUUGAGGUGGUGAUGGAUAUCUAUGAGAUAGAAAACCCCGAAGGCGUGAUCCUUUCCAUGGGAGGCCAGCUGCCCAACAACAUUGCCAUGUCACUGCACCGGCAGCAGUGUCGCAUCUUGGGAACUUCACCCGAGUUCAUUGACAACGCUGAGAACCGGUUCAAGUUCUCCAGAAUGUUGGACACGAUCGGCAUCAGCCAGCCGCAGUGGAAGGAGCUCUCUGACACCGAGUCUGCUGUGAAGUUUUGUGAGACGGUGGGUUAUCCCUGCCUGGUCCGCCCCUCCUAUGUUCUCAGCGGCGCAGCCAUGAACGUCGCCUACGGGGACGACGACCUUGAGAAAUACCUGAGUAAUGCUAUCGCCGUAUCUAAAGAACACCCUGUCGUCAUCUCUAAAUUCAUCCAGGAGGCCAAGGAAAUAGAUGUGGAUGCGAUAGCUUGUGACGGGGUGGUAGUGGCCAUUGCCAUCUCUGAACACGUGGAGAAUGCCGGCGUGCACUCUGGUGAUGCCACUUUGGUGACGCCACCUCAGGACCUCAACCAGAAAACCAUCGAGAGGAUCAUGAUGAUCGUUCAUGCCAUCGGGCAGGAGCUUCAGGUCACCGGACCCUUUAACCUGCAGUUAAUCGCCAAGGAUGACCAGCUGAAGGUGAUUGAAUGCAAUGUCAGAGUUUCCCGCUCCUUCCCUUUUGUUUCCAAAACACUGGGGGUGGACCUUGUCGCUCUUGCAACUCAAUCCAUCAUGGGAGAGGACAUGGAGCCAGUGGGUCUCAUGAGAGGAAAGGGGAUUGUGGGAGUAAAGGUUCCUCAGUUCUCCUUCUCUCGUCUGGCUGGAGCUGAUGUGGUGCUUGGGGUGGAGAUGACCAGCACCGGAGAGGUGGCCUGCUUUGGGGAGAACAGAUAUGAGGCUUACCUCAAGGCUAUGCUCUCCACAGGCUUCAAAAUUCCCAAGAAGAACAUCCUGCUCUCCAUCGGCAGCUACAAGAACAAGAGUGAACUGCUGCCCACGGUCCAGGCUCUGGAGUCCCUGGGAUACGACUUGUACGCUAGUAUGGGCACUGCUGACUUCUACACAGAACAUGGAGUGAAGGUGACGGCGGUCGAUUGGCCAUUCGAGGAGGACAGUGACUGUCCCACCAAAGAGAAGCAGCGCAGCAUCAUGAACUACCUGGAGGAGAAUCACUUCGACUUGGUCAUUAAUCUCUCCAUGAGGAACAGUGGCGGUCGAAGGCUCUCCUCCUUCGUCACCAAAGGCUACAGAACCAGGCGUAUGGCCGUGGACUACUCCGUCCCAUUAAUCAUUGAUAUAAAGUGCACAAAGCUCUUUGUUCAGGCUCUGCAUCAGAUCGGACCCACCCCACCGGUGAAAACUCACAUUGACAGCAUGACGUCGCAGACGCUGGUUCGUCUGCCUGGUCUGAUUGACGUGCAUGUUCACCUGCGGGAGCCGGGUGCUACCCACAAAGAGGACUUCUCCUCCGGUACUGCAGCUGCUCUGGCGGGAGGAGUGACAAUGGUGUGUGCGAUGCCCAACACCAACCCCGCCGUCACUGAUGCCGGUACUCUGGCCCUGGUGCAGAAGCUGGCUAAAGCUGGCUGCCGCUGUGACUACGCCCUGUACGUGGGUGCUGCCUCCGACAACGCCGGCGCGCUGCUGUCCAUCGCCAGCCAGGCUGCCGGCCUGAAGAUGUACCUGAACGACACCUACUCCACACUCAAGAUGGACAACGUCUCUCUUUGGAUGGAGCACUUUGAGAAGUGGCCCAAACAGAUGCCCAUUGUGGCUCAUGCGGAGAAGCAGACGGUCGCUGCCAUCCUGAUGGUGGCUCAGCUCUACCAGCGACCAGUUCACAUCUGCCAUGUAGCCAAGAAGGAGGAGAUCCUGAUCAUUCGGGCGGCUAAACAGAAGGGUAUCCAGGUCACGUGUGAGGUGGCGCCUCACCACCUCUUCCUGUGUGAGGAGAACGUGUCGGAGAUCGGUGAGGGGAGAGCACAAGUCCGGCCCAUGCUGGGAGCCCUGGAGGACAUGGAAGCACUCUGGGAAAACCUGGACAUCAUCGACUGCUUUGCCACGGACCACGCUCCUCAUUCUGUUGAGGAGAAAAACGGUGAGCGUCCCCCUCCAGGUUACCCUGGCUUAGAAACGAUGCUGCCGCUGCUGCUGACUGCCGUCAGUGAUGGACGUUUGACUCUGGAUGACAUUAUUAAACGUCUUUAUGACAACCCACGAAAGAUUUUCAACUUGCCUGUUCAGGAAAACACCUAUGUGGAGGUGGACCUGGAGCACGAGUGGGUUAUUCCUCAGGCCAUGCAGUUCACCAAGUCCAGGUGGACACCUUUCCAAGGCAUGAAGGUGAAGGGUAAAGUCCGCCGCGUGGUCCUCCGGGGAGAGGUGGCCUACAUCGAUGGCCAGGUGCUGGUUCCUCCCGGUUAUGGUGAAGACGUGAAGACUGGGCAAGCUGCUUCAAUCCACCACCCUGACCCUAUUAAAGAAACCCCUCUGACUCCCGAACACCCGCGUCCAACUCCUCCCCGCGAAUGCCCAGUACGAGCCCGAGCACCGAGUCCCCGUCGCUCUACGGGAGAGACGCGCUUCCUGCUGCCACCGCGCAUCCACCGCUCCUCUGAUCCGGGAAUGACAGCAGAAAUGACGAGCCUCCCACCAGCCAGUGCUGGUGACGGUUACAGCCAUCCUCCACCUCUAUCCAGGCUACUCUCUCCCCAGUCCGGGCUGGGACAGAUGCCUUCUGCUCAGGUGUCACACAUCCAGACAUCUCCUCUGCUGCACCCGCUGGUGGGCCAGCACAUCCUGUCUGUCAGGCAGUUCAGCAAAGAGCAGAUUUCACACCUUUUCAAUGUUGCUCACACUUUGCGUUUGUUGGUUCAGAAGGAACGGAGUCUGGAAAUCCUGAAGGGUAAAGUGAUGGCAUCCAUGUUCUACGAAGUGAGCACUCGAACCAGCAGCUCCUUUGCAGCUGCCAUGCAGCGUCUCGGUGGCUCGGUCGUGCACUUCAGCGAGUCCACUUCAUCCGCACAAAAAGGGGAAUCGCUAACGGACUCUGUUCAGACAAUGAGCGCCUACGCCGACGUCUUGGUGCUUCGACACCCAACACCCGGAGCUGUGGAGAACGCAUCGCGCCAUUGCCGUAAGCCGGUGAUCAACGCAGGUGAUGGUGUCGGGGAGCAUCCCACUCAGGCUCUGCUGGAUGUCUUCACCAUUAGAGAAGAGCUGGGGACAGUCAAUGGCAUGACGAUAACAAUGGUUGGAGAUCUGAAACAUGGCCGUACAGUCCAUUCUCUUGCAAAACUGCUGACCCAGUACCGCAUCACCUUGCGCUAUGUGGCACCCAAAAACCUCCACAUGCCAGCAGAGAUCAUCAGCUACGUAGCAUCAAGGGGGAUCAAACAGGAGGAGUUUGAUAGUAUUGAGGAGGCUCUGCCUGAGACAGAUGUGCUCUAUAUGACGAGGAUCCAGAAGGAGAGGUUUGGAACCGAGGAGGAGUACAAGGCUUGUUUUGGUCAGUUCAUCCUCACACCUCACAUCAUGACGGUUGCCAAAAAGAAGAUGGUAGUGAUGCAUCCUCUGCCCAGAGUCAACGAAGUCAGUCCGGAAGUGGAUACGGACCCCAGGGCAGCGUAUUUCCGUCAGGCCGAGAAUGGGAUGUACAUCAGAAUGGCUUUGCUGGCCACCGUACUGGGCAAAUAAAUCUGUGUGCUACUUAGUACUACAAAAAUGGUUACAGACUUUUGAACAAUAAUAGUUUCAUAUGCAGUAUCUGGAUGCCCACUCUGGAAAUCCUGGGAAUAUUACAUGUUCAGUUUUGGAUAAAGUGUUACAUGAAUUAUUUGGUCCAUUAAGACACAACAAUAUGUCAUAAAGUUUAUCAUGAUAUGCUAUAAUUAACUAUUUCUCUCUACUCACACAGUGAAUUUUAUCCCCUCUUCUUGAACAUACUCCACUUCCAGAAAUAUCUUUCAUUCAGAACCCAUUCCAGACACCUUGGUGUAAUAAGCAUGAAGCUUUUCAUGUAUAAUUGAGUCAGUAGAAAGUGCAGCUACUACACCUGAUCAAUCUGCUGAAUUGUGACUUAUGUUAAAGGGACCAUGUAAUUAUUCUGACCAAUAAUGAUGUCAGUGACAUCAGUUGUAUGAAAAUACUCUCUAUGUCUCAAAUGUGUCAUCAUCUGAAAAUGAAAAUGCACCAAUAUUAUCACUACAAUACUUUAUCAUAAUUUGGUGGACAUGUGAUUUCUUAUAUUGUAACUGGAAAAAAAUACUUUUGCAUUAAAAAGGCAAUCGGUGUCAGCAAUGUUUUAGUGAAUGGCUUGAUAUGUGAGGAAAAAUAAAGACAAU